CGCUGGGAAAUUGGCAAGUUGGACGCUGUACAACUGGACACUUACAGUGUUCAGUUCGGCAGCUUGAUGGGGACGGGAGGUGCCUUUCUGCGUGCAAGAUGAAGUCUCCCAUGUUUGUGGAUUGACUGACUGCCGAUAAGGGAGCAUGGCAGGCUUUUACAACUGUCUGAAGAGUAACAAGGACUGCAUCACAAUGACCACAUCGGAGGAGCAACCAGAGGCACUGGAAGGCGAAGAAACGGGCGACGCAUUUUCAAGGAAGAAAAAAUCCAAGUUUCAGACGUUCAAGGACUUCUUUGCCAAGAAAAAGAAGAGCAAAGAGCUCCCGUCUCCCACGGAGGAGACGAAACUCAAACCGAGCCAGUCCAACAGUGAUAUCAGCCCUCCCAACCUGGACUCCAUCUUGCUCCACUGGCCUGCAGGCACAGAGUCCAACGGAAGCAUGGGGAACCAAGCCUUAUCACAUGACAGCCUCUUCCUUCCCGAAGCAUUGUGUGAUGUGGCUGGGGAAGCACCCUCGCAGGAGAAUUUCCCUGGGAAAGUGAAAAAUUUCCAGUUGCAGCAAAAUCUCUGCCUUGAGUCACCUCCUGUAGUUAUCACCGGCAAAAGGAUGGAAGAUGGAGCCACUGUUUCUGAAGAUGGUGGCUUGACAAGAAGCUCUCUAGAAAUCUCCACCCUCCAUGAUGUUCUGACCAUUUCCACAACUCAGGUUUCCAACCCUGUCCAGCACUGCAGCUCUCUGAGUUUAGAGGAGACAGACAGUGAAGGUGAUCAGGUUGUUUCAGAAUCUCCUUCUAAGCAUCUCAGCUCACUUCGUCCGGGCAGUCCUGCCUCACUCCUCUGCCACGCGCUUCCAGUUGAUUUCGAUACUCCUGCUUCUCCCCUGGGCUGCCUGGAUACCUCGGCGGCCAGGCACAGGAUUGCCAUGAACCCACGCAAGCAAAAGGGCCUUGCUAAGAAGAGCCAUCCUCUUCCUGUGGAACAGAUGUUGCAGGAACAGCAUCUUCUGGAGCCUGAUGAAGGAAAAACAAGCGACUCCAAAUUCCUUGAAGAAGCUGCUGGCCAGAAGAAAGAUUGGGAAGGCAUGUUGAGCCGCUAUGCAGUGAAUUUAAAUGAAGAUUGGACUGACAAUGCAUCACCUGUGACAAGAACCUCUGAAGCUUUGCCUUAUUCUUGCAGUGCUGGCCUACAUGUAGAUGGGACUUGUGUCUUGAUAUCAGAGACCCAGAACUUGCCGGAGACUGAGCUCCAGGUUAGCAUCACCAAGCCGUGUCCAAGUGUACCAUCCUCUCUCAUCAACUGCAAAGAAGGAGACAAGGUGGAACAUGAGGAGAUGAAAGGAACCUGGGCCCCCACGGAUGAUCAAAAGCCACAGAGUGGUCCAGAAGUCACUGAGAACUCUGAAUCUUUUCAUCUGAAAGCAAAAGCCAUUGGACUCCACAGGGCAUCACCUUCUGCUUUGCUAGAGAAUAAUGUGGGGAAAGAACUUGAGGCAGAAGGUAUCCAAAUAGCCUGCUCACAACGAACGGAUGACAGGGCAAAUGUUACUAAACCUGCCAGGAACCGAGCCAGAGCAUGUGACAGAUCUGUCUGUGGAGACACUUCUGUUUCUCUGGAGGCAGAUCCUGUACUGUAUGUUCCACAACUUUCUUCAUCUGCUCUGAAGGUUUCCUCAGAUGCCCCAAAGGACUUAGUGCACAAAAACAGCCUAACUGUCAAAGAAGUUGGAAGAAGGCCUUCAGAUAUGGAACUUCAGCUUUCUCAAGGCCCUGUGAAGCCAACAGAUUGUUUUCAGGGAGCAUUGUCCACAUUGAAGGUUGAUCCUGAUAGACCUAUGCUUCUGAGUGCAGCGGGCAAGAAACCAUACCUCCUACCUGAACUCAGUUGCUCUGUCCUGAGCAGCAGUGUCAGAAAGCCAGAGGACAACACUGUUCAAGAGUCGGGUAGUCUUUCUUCUGGAAGACCAUCCACUGUGGGAUCUACUGAGGUUGCUUCCAAAACCUGUCCUCCUGUCAGCUCUCCUGUUGGAGUUCAGCUGGGAAAUGUCAUAACCAAGGAAGAAAGCAAAGCUACAGAGGAGAUGAUCAAGACCCAGACGAAGUCCACUCCUGCUAAGCCAGUGAGGUUCACUGUUGCUCCAGCCUGGCAGAGAUCUCUCUCAGGAGGUUCAAGCUCUGUAGACAAUUCCUGUCCUAGAAAUUCUCCAACAUCUCCCAUAAGACCAGAGUUGUUUGAAGGAAUUUCUCCAUUAGAGGCAAUGUCACAAAUAAGUAUAUUAAACAGUCCUGAGAGACUUGACAGGGGCGAUAGAAACAUGGCAGCCAACUUGAAUUCUUCCACUGAGGAAGUGCAGAGCUGUGAGAGCCCAUUUGGAGUAAAGCUGAGGAGAACCUCUUCUUUGCUAAAGUACCAAACAGAACAUCAUCGGGACCCUCCCAAGCUGGUUCCAUUGGCAGCUUCUCCACCAUCCUCUGUAAAAGUCGAAGCCAAGGCACCAAGCUCUGCAACCUCCCUUCAAAAUCUUACAACUGGUGCUAAGGGUUUGGUUGCAAACUCCGGCACCCAAGAGAAAAAUCUGCUUAAGGCCAAACCUGAAGGAGAAGGAGGGACCAAACAGCAAGCAAGCAAACCUUCAGAACAAAUUCCAGUGUCGCUGUUGGGAGGCCCAAGCUUUCAGCCGACUUGGAUCUCAGUGACAAAACUGAAACAGCAAGGGUUCCAGGGCAACGCUUUUGCCAAAGGACAGAAAAAGAAAGAGGAAGCUGUAGCCAAAACACAAAAAGAGGAGGUGAAACUUACAAGCGUGUCUCCCCUGGAAAAGCAAGUAACCCUUACCAGCGACAAUUCACCCAAGAAAAGCGGCCUUCACCAGCAUGUGCGUCUACUGGAGAGUAAAGUACCGUUGAAGUCAGCUGCACUGGCUGCCAAAGACGGAGCUGUCAGAAUCCCCCCACAGGAAGGUCCUCGGGUGGAGAAGGACCCAAGGUCAGCGCCAAUCCUUCCCGUGGCAUCCUGCAGCCCCACUGAACCCCCCUGGCUGUCUCUGGCUAAGAAAAAGGCCAAAGCAUGGAGUGAAAUGCCUCAAACCGUUCAGUAGCAAAUUAAGAAACCUUCUCACAUCCUGCCGGUAGCAGUAUUAAUAGCCGAAAGUUCACCGUGACCAUGUUUCUAGGCGUCUGAGAAAUGGAAGAGUUUGUCGAGGAGGAAACAGGAUGACUUUUUCACUUUGUAAUUCCCGAAAGAAGGCAUUUCUUGAGACUACCAUCCGAAGUCAUUCCUUGCUUGCUGCUCAAUGAACCACAAUCCAGGCAGAUCAAGACUUUUGCUGAGAUGAACUGGGUGUUCCUCUUGCUCUUAAUUCCUUCCACAAAUCAGUGUUUUCGCGAGGCGGAAGAGAUUGUGCUGGAAUUUCUGUCCUGUCUUACAGCCUGUUGGGCUGAGUAAAACGUGUAGAGGAUCUAGACGUGUGUUUCCCAAACUUGGCAACUUUAAGAUGGGUGGACUUCAACUCCAAGAAUUAGCUGGCUGGGGA